CUUCUCUUUAUACUCUCCUUCACUGCUUUUCUUUCCAUAGUUCUAUUCAAAACUACAGCCUGCUUCCUUUUUCUCUUGUCCUUUUUUUCUUCUUUCUCUCAAAGCCAUGAACCCACCAGAGGAUUUCGUGGAACAGGGAAUUUCUCGUGAGAGACAAUUUCUUGGCUCUCCAGUCUCCAAGCUCCACAGCCAUGGAGGAGACGAUACUAUUGUAGCGGAAGAUCCGAGAUGCAGAGUUGCGGAAGACGACAAUGACAACGGCGAGCGCAAGGCAGCCAAGCCUCGCCGGUUGUCGUUCUCGCAGUCGUCUUCUCUGCCGUCGCCGUCGGCUUCCAGGCCUGAGAAGUUUAUUCACCUCAUUCCAAGGCCAAUCUUAUUCCUUGUGGCAUAAUAAUUUUUCAGAAGUCAAUUACUUUGAACAAAGGCAUUUUCCACACUUUUUGGGUUAAGUAUAGGAUACUCUUUUUCUUGAUCAGAAAGAGCACUGCUUGGUACUUCAUGAUUCCUUCUGUAUAUUCUAUUCUUAUGUUUAUUGUAAUAAUGUUCUCUCUCUGCUUCAAUCUUAUAGAUAUUUUAAUAUUUGAUUUUCUUAGAAUGAAAUUCAGUUUAAAUG